CGCAGCUCGGCGCCUGGUUUGAUUUGCCUUGAUAAGAUAAGAUUAACACUCGACGAAGAUACAGUUAAUUAGAUAAUGAUUUUAAAUGGAGAGGAUCUCCAGGUUACAGCUUUGUAGUCUUUUUAUUCUGUAUUUAUAUGGAUGCGCCACAGGAGCAAAGAAGAAGAAAGACUUAGAAACUAUUGUCGAGUACAAGCCUGGCAACUGCAAAGACAAAGCAGAUAAUGGAGACAUUGUAUCUGUUCACUACACGGGUAAGCUCGAAAAUGGCCAAAUGUUUGAUUCGUCUCUUGCAAAAGGAAGAGAACCCCUUGAAUUUCAGCUGGGCAAAGGAAAGGUCAUAAAAGGUUGGGAGAUGGGCAUAAAAGGAAUGUGCAUUGGUGAAAAAAGGAAGUUGAUUAUACCUCCACAUCUAGGGUAUGGGACUCGUGGAGUUGAGAAUGUCAUUCCUCCAAACUCUGUGCUGAUAUUCACCACUGAACUUAUGUCCAUAAAGAGGAAGUCACUCUUUGACCCAAAGUUGCUGCUACAAAUAGGAUUUUGGCCAAUACUGGCUGGAAUGAUUUUGUAUUACCUAUAUAGAAAGGCAUCUAAAGAACCUACUAAAGCUGAAGCCAAGUCAAGCAAGAAAAAUAAAAAGAAAUAAGACCCUUUCUCUGU